AUGCAGCAGCCUCAGACACGCCCUCUCCUCGGGGACUCAGUAUCCUCUACAACUUCCCCGACAACUCGACGUGGUAAUUCGGUGACUGUGUUAACCCACCAGCAGUUACAACAGAUACAGCAAUUACAGGCCCAUAAUUCAACCGGACAGCAACUGACAUUUGCAUUGCAACAAUCGUCAAACAAUGGCCAGGACCAAGCGAACGGUUCGGCGACUGGGAAUCACAUAGUGUAUCUCAAUCAGUUGAGCCAACUGAAUCAAAAUACAAUAAACCAGUCGGGGACUGGUAUGGGCCUACCCCCGGCCGGCCCCACUUUUGGGGUGGGCCUCAAUAUGGGAUUGCCUCUGUCAUUAUUAAAUACCAGUCUUACAUCAUUAACUUCAAACGUAAUAACGACCUCUAAUCCUCUGCUCAAUAUCGGAUUGCCCAGCAUUAAUCCAGGGAUAACCACCGUAAACACGGACCUCAAUACCUUGAACGCGAUAAACUCAACCUUGAAUUCAAACUUACCUUCCAACAGUAUUAGCAACGGAUUGGCUGGUCUCGCCCAAGACAUCAAUGCCAUUAAUUCUGGCAUUAAUCGGCUCAAUACUCUAAACUCCUCCGGGUUGUCCAACAUAAAUUCCGGCUUGAGUGGGAAUUUGAACCAAAACUUCGCGACACUAAACGCCAACGUUGGAGAGAACAACUCUGGGCUGUCUAAUUUGAGCAGUCAUACCUCCCAGUCGUCCUCGAGCAUCAACCAAAAUUUCAGCAGGUCACUGAACGUCCUCGCGGGAAUCACUCCCAGCAGCCUCAGUUCAUGCAACACCAACUUUCCGUUUCAAACCAUCCAGAGUAUCCAGAGCAUAGCGCCGCACAUAGUAGGCUCGAGUGUCAACCAAGUACCGAGUUCAGCGAUCCAGCAGCAUUCUAAUUCCAGCGGGGUCUCGAUAUCCCACAGUUCAAACCUGGCUCUCAGCUCUAAUGUCUACACGAGUACGUCGAACACGCCGAUCUUGUCGACGACUGCCAGCGCGAACCAGUCGUCCAACGUCACCCACAACCAGAGCAUACAUUUGGGAGUGAUGCACACCAACCAGCCCAAUGUAUCAGCCUCACAUUUUUCAACAGUUAAUGAUUCAAUAAAUACGUUGAGUCACAUCUCGGCGAUCGGCAGCUCGCACAACACCGGGUUCCAGCAAAGACAAUUCUCUCAAGCUCAGAACUCGAAUUUGGGCUCGAUAAACAUAUCCGGAAACCAGACCUCCAACACAGUCAAGACAGUCCAGAAUAUUCAGAGCCAGAACGUCAGCUCUCCUGGUAGUCCCUUUUCAAUGCCGUUAAAGAGUCCGGCUUCGAAUAUCGCUCCGCCAACGCCGAGUCCAAGUCCGAACCGAGUGUUGCUUCGCAGUCCAGCUUCUAAUUCGAUCCAGUCGAACAGAAACAGCCCCAGUCCGGUUGCCACUUCGAAUAGUAAUUUUAGCAUGCAAAUGCAAAGCCCGAUGCAGAGUCCGAUGAGUGUUGGCCAGAUACAGAGUCCAGCUCCAAGUCCGUACCCUCCUGCUAAGAGUCCUCAUCACUUGGGGUCCAGUACCACGCUCAAUAACAGAAGUCCUGCUCCUGGUGGAAGUCCAGGUCCUCCUGUUGUUAGGCCUAAUACGCCGAUUCUCCAGCAAGGGAUGCAAGUGUUGCAAAUUAUUGGCACACCACAGGGCUACCAGCAAGCCUCGUCACAAUUAGUCACGCGGACACAUCUUUUUGGCAAUCAGCAAAUCCAAAUAGCCGCUACUAAGCCUGCCAAACAGCCACCGCAAAUAUUACCGAAACCACCCAAUCAGCAAGGAGUCGCGACCCAGCAAAAACAACGAGUGACAACGACUAUUACUAACCAGGUGACGCAGCAAACACAACCACAAUUGGUAUUAGCUAGUCCCCAGCAGAAUCCAACUGGUACAGCAACAAUGAUACCCACAGCACAAGGUCUUUUAUUAAAUCAGGUUUUGCCGUCAAGCGGACCUGUCAUUGUGCAACAGCAACCCGGUGGCGUUCAAUUAAUACUCCGAGCACCAGCGAAUGCUCAACAGCAAACGCAUACUGCACAGGUGAUGGUUUCACUCAUUGUCCGUUUUAACUUGACUCAACAACAACUCGUACGAGUUAUCACUGCACAAGGUAUGCAGAUGCAAGGACUCACGCCGACAUUUUUUGCCGUACCUAAUGGUUUUUCAACACAAGCUCCUUCCGUACUUAGGCAUACACCUACAAGCCCAGCACCUGCAAACACAGCAAAUAAUAAUCCAAUAGUAAUCCAGAACGCGAUGGUCCAGAGUCCACAGCCUCAGAUGAACCAAGUGAGUUCUUCAAAUACGAAUCACGUGUCAGCAGCUCCACCGCCUCAGCAGCCGACAGUUGUUGAACAGAAUUUGCUUCCGCCACCGAAGAAAAAAGCCAAAAAGAAAAAGAAAGCCAAGAAAAAAGAUGAGGAGCCUCCGAAGCUUGACCUUGCCAGUAUCAUGAAAAUAUCUGGCAUCGGUGACGAUGAUGACAUGUUCGACACGGACACGGUCCCAGAUAACGAGCCCUCGCAGAUCCAUGUUGAACAGCCUGUUCAGCAUCUAGGCCAGUUAUCUCCCCACCCGCAGAUGUCAAACAGCAGUCAAAGCAUACCCCAACCUCAGUCUCAACCUCAAUCUCAACCUCAAUCUCAACCUCAAUCUCAACAUCAGCCAGCAAUUAACACCCCCAACAUCCAGCCUACAACUCCCACGACGGAUAAUUUCGGUGGUAGUCAAUUGGUAGCGCAGCUACAGAUGCCGAUGCAAAAUGCGAUAUCUGGUCAACUGCGACUAGCUGUUGGUGAAGAUGGUAGAGUGGUACUUCAUCAUACUCCGGACCCGAACCAGCCCGAGUUGGAUCAAGUUACUGCUCAAGCCCUAAUCAGAUCUCUCAUCCAAGGCAAUAGUCAGAAUUCUCAAAUAAUCUCUCAGCUUCUUGGCCACGCACAAACUCUAGCUCAACAGAAUGUACAGCCUCCGGAGCCUGCGACUCCAUCUCCAGUAAAUAGACCAAAAAAUCCUGUAAAAGCUCCAACUCCAACUCCGACUCCUCCGACUCAAAUUAAUCAGACCUUUAAUCAAGUUAAUUCUUCGCCAGUGACUUCUAUGUCUCAGCAAGUCCAUGGGGCCAAAAUUUCCUACACUCACAACUCUCAGAACGCACCUCAACCUAAUACGAAUAUUAAUGUUAACCAGAGAACCGACUCGGUAGCCUCUUCGCCGUCCUCUUCAAUGAACAGUUUGCAAGCUUCGCAAAUUACCAAAAAUAUUCAGUCGCUAAAUGCUGGUGUACAAUUGUCUAAUGCGGGGAUUCAUAUUGCUGUUGGACCAAUGUCACCUAAAUCAGGCUGUAAUUUAUUCAACGAAUCUGGGAAAGUUAAUCAGCAGACUGUAACGCCUUCGAAUACUGGGAUUAAAAAAUCACCGAUGCAAAAUGCUCGGCAAAAGUCACAGGGCCAAGGAAAUUUCAUUAAUCGCAAUGUUAAUGUCAAAAACACUCGCACGGUUUUACAGAAAAAUCAACAUGAAAAACCUCAGCAACAACAGCAAAUUCAACAACAACAACAACAACAACAUCAGAACGAGCAAAUUAACCAACAAAAUUUACAGCAAAUUUCAACCCACACAAUUCAGUCGCUAAAUGUACAAAGAGUUCUUGAGCAAAAUCUUCACAAAAUAACUGUUUCUGGUGUUCAGCAAAAUUCUAUGAAUCUUGUGCAUCAAAAUCCAGCUAAUUCGCAGCAGUCGAUGCAAAUUUUACAGUCUAGUGAUAAUAUCCAGCAAGGGAUUAAUAUUUUAGCUCCAAAUAUUCAGAAUAUCGAUCAAAAUUUACAAGGAUUUGAAACUCAACGAAAUCAAGAAGUUGUCGAUGCAAUUCAUCAACAUCAGCAGCAGCAGCAGCAGCAGCAACAACAGCAGCAGCAACAACAGCAGCAACAACAACAACAGCAGCAACAACAACAACAGCAGCAACAACAACAACAACAGCAACAACAACAACAACAGCAGCAGCAACAACAACAACAACAACAACAACAACAACAACAACAACAACAACAACAACAACAACAACAACAACAACAACAACAACAGCAGCAGCAACAGCAGCAACAACAGCAACAGCAACAUCAUCAAACUAUAACAAAUCUAGUUAAUUUAAAUCUACAACAGCAGCAUCAAAAAAUAAUUGGUACAAAUAUUCCUUGUCAAAAUUCUCUGCAAUGUGACACGCAGAAGAUAAUAAACUCCCAGCCGAAUGUUCAGCAACAAAAUAUAUUUUUCUCAAGUGAUCCGCACUUGGUAAACGUAACACAGGGGACAGAUCAUACGAAACAGAAAGUAGAUCUCCCGAACGUAGAUAUGCUGAAUAAUUCACCAGGAACUAAUAUAUUUAAUCCUUUAGGUAAUUUAAAUCCAAACGACCAAAUAUUAAUAGCGCAUCCGAACGGGCAGAUGCAUAUUAUCAACCAGCAGUCUUUCCAGCAAUUGUUGGCAGCGAAUCAGUUGAGCACAACUCAGCAGAGCCAAAACCAGCAUCAAAAAAUCGUUAUUGGAGACUCUGAAGCAUCUCAAAAUUUACAGGGUGUCCAAAUAAACACACCAACCAGUCAGAUUAUUGUAAACAGCUCCGGUGGGGCUCCAACGAUACAAAACAACAUCCAGAACAUCGUAGUGCAAGCUGCACCCUCGCAGAUGCCUCACCAGAUUCAGAUCCAGAACUCCGGGUUCCCGAGUCAGUUUAUUGAUAAUCUGAACCAGCAACAGAUAAGAAAUCUGUCCAACAACCAGCAGAUGAACCAGCAGCCAGCCCCAGUUAAGAAAACUAAAGUUGUCAAGAGAAAACCCUCAGCUGCUCAAACGACUGGGUUCAAUGUAAAGACGGUAACGAGGCCAAUUACGAGUUCCACGACUACGGCGACGACUUCGGUAAGAGUUGACGGGAAAGUCCAAACAACUCCUUCGCCUUCGACGCCUCUCAGUACAAAUCCCAGCAAAAGUGAGUGUCAGAACAUCGGCAAUGGCAGAGUUACGUCUCCCAGCACCCCGACGAACGGACAACCCGGCAGGAAGUUUAUCCAGCUGCCAAUAUUCAAAGAGCAAAUGCUGAAGAACAUCCAGAGUCAGAUCCAGGCAAUCAAUAGUCGAAAGCAAAUCACUCCUGGCGACAGAGCUCUUCUCAGCAAACUCUUUCAGGAAAGGGAGAAAAUUCUUGCCGGUGGAAAAGUCGUCAGCGCACCACCUGGGACCAUUCCGACGGGAACCGAGACCACAUCGCAUUCGAGCAUUUCUUCACCGACAGUGUUCUCGGUGUCGCAACCUUUGGCGAAUAAAAAUCCAACGUCGACGGUCGAGACCCAAACUCCAGCUGUUCCUGUUUCUUUAAAUACUCAGUGCGUUAAUGUAAACAUAAAAGAUCUCGCAGCAAGUGGGGCUGGUUGUGAUGCAGUGAUAAGCAGUGUUGGCCAGAGCAUGCCCAAUAUUUCAAACACUGGUACUAGUUUGCAGCCUCCGGUGAGCAAACAACCUCAGCAGAAGUUUUACCAGGUUCACAAUAAUCAGCUGGUAAGUCCGUCCUUGUCUACCGCGCCGUCGACGACCGCUCAGACUCAAAUACUAAAUCCGGUACCGAUCGUCACUCAGCAACAGUCGACUCAGUGCCAAACAGACCCGCCGGAUAUUAAGCCAGACAUUAAACUGCUGAGUCCAAUAAAGCAGGAAUUGUUGUCACCGGUCCAGGUCCAGGCACAACUUCAAGUACAAACUACCCCGGUCGCUACGUCGCCGAGAGUCCCCAUUCCUAACCAGAGUAUCCAGAAUCCAAUAACUGUUCCCUGUGGGAAUAAUAAUAAUAAUAACAAUAGUAAUAAUAAUAAUAUUAAUAGUAGUAAUCUGAGUGGCCAGACUGUGAAAAUAACUAAUCCUCCGGCGGAGAGUCCCAAGCAGGGGAUUAAAAGACCAGCGACUAGUCCGAUUUGCCGGCAGAUUAACCGAAGCGAUGUGAUAGAAAAACAGCUGAAGCUUGAUCAGGCUGGAGCUACCAACCCGGAUGUAAAUACUCCUUUCCUUGAUAAGAAAAAUGCUUGUGAAAGGCUUCUUAACUACCAUUGCUUAAAUGAGCAAGUGUUGAGCGCCAAGGAUCUCGCCAAAGCCGACGAAAUAUUCGAGGAGACGGCUAAACAUUUACUUAAUAAAUUUAGUUUGAUGGUUAAUAAGUACACCUAUCUGCUGCUGAUGGACAGUAUGGUGUAAGCAGACCCAAUGGAUGAAGAAAAGCCAGUGUCUUCUCUAGCAAACAUCUCAGUGAAGAAAGAACAGGAGGAGGACUUUUCGAGUAUCGAGGGAGAUUCCAAAUUGAACCUAAAGCCGUCUAGUAGCACGAGUGGUGACUACGACGAGUGGCUAGAGAUUCAAAAAGAACUGGGAGUUUAUCACUCGACUGGUGAUUCCUUAAAGUGCAAAAACAUUAGUGGUGUUAAUCCAGGUGUAACUGGCACGACGGUGAAGCCCUCGAGGACCGAAAGAACGCGAAAUAACGGCGAAAGCCUUCCCCCACGUGCCAGUUGUGUGAAUUUCUCAAGUGCCGCGAUACCAAGUACUAUGUUGAAGAACGUGAUAAUCGAGUCGGACAUGUCGAUGGAGCCGAUGUUGGCCGGCGAGAAACGCUGGUGCUCCGGCGCGAAUUGCGCGACUGAGCUCGAGCGAGACUUGCUCGAGGACACGGACAGCCUCGACGAGCUGGCUUUCCACUCCCAGGUGCACUCUUUACCCGGGGACGUUGAUACCAGCAACAUCCUCGAACACGACGACAUCACCGCUCAAGUCCAGUCGGCUAUCGACAGUAUUUUGAAUCUCAAAAAAAGACCCUCUAGCUCAACGGCAACCACCAGCGCUCCCGGCGCGUCCCAAUCUAGUGAAUCUAAAGACCCAGUGCUCGAUCAAGCGGUCCGUAGCAUAAUGGGCUCGUGA